AUCUGAAAGGGAUUAAUGUACCACCCCGCGAAGGUGCUCUUGGCUCGUGUGUACGGCGCCAUCCCUACUACCUCUUUCUUUCCAGGCAAUAGUGACAGUCGGCAUAAUGGUGUACCAGCCGUUGGGAGUGCCCCAGACCCCUUGGAUCCACAAAACCGAACGGGGAGCGCGCAUGGUACGCACAAGUUACUAAAUGGUAAUAAAGCCCGUCGAGGAAGCCUCUUUGCGAUCGCCAAUGAUGUGACGCACGACGAAAAGAAGUUGCGGCAACAGCUGAAUGAGCUUCUUGCCGACGAGCGGGAUCCCUUGCGGUGGGCGCGGCCAUUGUCCUCUUCUCGGCAAGUUCCAUCAUCGGAUGGGUUUGUACACCAUCCGAAGAGGAGGCUCGUGAACCUCCCGGGUGUGGAACGGGUGCGUGACCUACCGGCCGACCCUAUUACACGACUAUUUUUUCAGCACCAGGGCGACCAUGCGCUGUACUAUGGCACCUACGAUGCGCCCAGUGCGCAGGACGAGGACCGUGUUCAGAUUGAGAAGCGGACACCGUAUAAAUGGACUUAUAACGUGUUUACACCCGUGUAUGACUUCUGUCAUCGCAUUCGCGAGGCCUCGGAGCAGCGGAAGCGUUUUGUGAUCGUGCCCUCGACGAUUGAGACCCGUGGAUGCGCCAAGGUUAUGCUGGACCACGGCAUCGUCGCGGGGUUUCGAGACUUUCACAACGACCGUGCCUUUGCCGUCGAGCUGAAGUACUUCCAGAACGAGCCCACCAUUAACGUGAUUGAGCCGUGUAGCUAUGACGGCAAGACAGAGUUCGAAUGGUCACCAAAGAUGAUGCGACGACUUAUGAAUACUCACGGUAUCCACAAUCGCCUGGUGGUCUAUAUCUGUCGAACUUCGGAUAAUAGAAUCAUCGAUCACAUUGAUGCAGUGAAGGAAUGUAUUGGUGGUCGUGGCUUGAUGAUGGUGCAUUAAAUCUGGUAAGGCAAGAGGAGAGAGUAGGAGGUUGCAACACUGGCAAUCUGUAGAAAAAGUUUAA